AAAAACAAAAACAAAAACAAACACCCCCUGCAGCAGCUCCUCUUCCGCCCCUCAAAAGCAAAGAAGGAACCCAGAGACGGAGAGAGAGAGAGAGACGUAACGCCCCUCCCCGUCGCGCUCCACAUCGGAUCAUACAUUGCUAAAUAGAAUUUCGCUAAACCCUACAGAGUAUCCCCUAAUUCCCCACCUCACUCCCGCCGCCAUCUCCUCUCUCGUACUUCGCUUCUUGUUCUCGCUCUCUCCUCUUUGCUUCCGGGAGCUCGCCGAUCCUUUAUCGGGACCCUAACCCUAGCGUCCCCCGCGAUGUCGCCAGCCUCCGACCCGUCCUCCAGGAACCCCCGCUCCGCCCAACCCGCCCCCGCUGGCGGCGGCGGUGGCGGCGGCGCCACCCCCUGGGCCCAAGUCGUCCGCGGCGAGCCCGAGGCCGCCCCGGCCGCGUCCCAAUCCCCGCCGCGGCCCGCUUCGAUCUCCCACCCGGAGACCUCCGAUCGAUCCCCGCCCCACGUGGAGAACGAGGCCUCGUCCUCCGUGCCGCCGCCGCCGUCGUGCGAGAGCCCGGACCAGGGGAGCAACGGCAAUGCCGCCGCCCGAGGGAAGAAACCGGCUUGGAACAUGCCGUCCAAUGGCUUCAAUGAGGCAGGCCCCGUCAUGGGGGCCGACUCCUGGCCUCCUCUCUCCGAGUCUACCAAGGCUUCUCUUAAAUUAUCGUCGUCGGAUUCUUUGAAGGCUUUCUCAGAUGGAUCAGUUUCUGCUCCCAUGAAGCCAAAUUCCAAUCACCGAAACCCUAAUUCUACUCUGAACCAUGCGACACCUAUCCGCCAGAAAUCCAAUCCGAAUUCUCAUGGAGGCGGCGGCAGUAGCAGUGGUGCAUCAACCAAUGAUGGACCGCCAACACCUUUAUCACCACCGGCUUCGGCCGAGACAGCUCCGAUCAUCCCUGACAAACAGUCUCGCCCAGAGCCUUCUCCUACCGAUCAUCCCAACAAGAGCAAUAGCAAUUGGGAUCAUGGCUCGAGGAGCAACGGGUUCACACCUAGGCAACAUGGUUCAGGGGAUCACCAUGGCGGCUACAGUGGCAAUCGCAGGGGCAACAGUGGUGGUAGUGGGUCACAUCAUGGAGCCUAUCGUAGCCGGAGGGAUUGGAAUACUCCCAGAGGCUUUAGUGGGAGAGAUGCUCACAUGCUGCCGCCGCCACAACAGCAUCGGGGUCAUCCCCGGCCAUUCCCCAGGCAACCUCCACCUUCUUCAGCACCAUUUGUCACCCCUCAUCCACAGGUCCGGCCUUUCUUAAGCCCCAUGGGCUUUCCCGAAAUUCCUCCUCCUGUAUAUUACAUCCCGGCCCACCCACCGCUUGAAUCGCUCAGAAACAUGCCUUUUGUUGCUCACCAAGUACCACAUGCAAUACCCCCUACAAUGUUUGUUCCUGCAGCAGAUCAUCAGCGUGCUUUGUUAUUGAAGCAGAUAGAAUAUUAUUUCAGUUCUGAUAACUUGUGUAAAGACAUAUACUUGAGGCAGAAGAUGGAUGUCCAGGGUUGGGUUCCUAUCUCAUUGAUUGCUGGCUUUAAUCGAGUCAAGCAAUUGACAAACAACAUACCAUAUAUAUUAGAUACUAUACGAGGUUCAAAUAUAGUGGAAGUACAGGGUGAGAAAAUAAGGCGGCGUAAUGAUUGGGUGAAUUGGAUACUCCCAUCACCACUGAAUCAAUAUAGUACUUCUGCCGGGCCUUCCUCUCCAGCAACAUCAAACUAUGAUUCUUUGGCAGCUCGUAUGCAUAAUGUUGGACUAGGGGAGGGGGCUGCAAGCCACGAUAGUUUGCAGGGCCAAACCCAUACGGAGGAAGUUCUUAGUAGUUCAGCAUCUGGGAAUCAGAAUGAUCUGUCACAUUUUGGAGAACCUAACGGAGAGGAGAAUGGGCAAGGAACUGGCCGCACAGAAUCAGAUUGAUCUUAGUCUAUAUGAAGCUAAGAGGCCACAUUACAAGGCCAUGUUCAUGAUGCACAGGAGUUUGCGGGAAAUGGUUGCUAGUGGGGAAUUAUUGAGUGACACUCAGGGUCCUUUAUAAAGUGAGGUCCUUGCCUUUUUUUGGCUUGGAAUGUUGGUCUCCCUAAGUAGAUGGCAAAAUAAAAAGCAAACAAAAAAAAAAGGAAAAAAAAAAAGAAAAAUUAAAAAAAAUAAACUGAAGGGACAAAUUAUAAACGGCAUGGCUAGAUAGAGCUUCCACUGAGUUGUAUAGUUUGGUUUGGCUUGGGUGAAUGACGAUUUUUGGUGGUGAUAUAUCUGGUAUGCUUGGUCCCUUGGGAAUGUUCCUGAACAAUCCCAGCCUUUUUGGUCACAUACCAACAUUUUUUGGGGAUAACGGAAUUGGGCUCUCAUGUUCCCAGAGUUUCAUUAAGAGGGAUGGAAACGAUAUAAAUUCUUAUAUGACCUCUCUCGAGCAAUUUAUAUCACAUCUAUAUACCUUUUCUUCAAUUUUAAUUGAAGAUUAUUACUUCAUAAAAUUCCCUGAUUGUUUGGAUAAAUAAUUUUGCAUAUAGUAGGUUCAGACUCAGUUUUUGGAACUUUGAUGGUCUGAAUUGUGUGAUUUAUUUGGUUUGCUGGUGGGACUUGAAUAAUCACCAAGCACUGUGGAUUCUAAAUUCAUUUAUUUGAUUUCAGGUUCUUCUUUGAUAUU